AUGAGCUCUCGACUUGUUUCAAGUGAUGCAACUACCAAGGUCGAUGCUCCUUUUCGCGAAGCUGUUGGUGCGUUGAUGCACCUGACCACUGCAACGCGUCCGGACAUUGCGUUUGCUGUGGGCUAUGUGUCGCGGUUCAUGGAAAAUCCCCAAGAAGAACACUGGGUUGCAGUUAAGCGUAUCUUUCGCUACCUACAAGGCACCAAGACGCAUGGAAUUUGCUACAAGCCAAGUGCAAGGAUCGACUUCCGUGGAUAUUCGGAUGCGGAUUGGGCUGGUGAUCUUACCGACCGCAAGUCAACAUCGGGGUACACGUUCAUGCUACUCGGUGCGCCAGUCAGUUGGGGCAGCAAGAAGCAGCCAAGUGUUUCGUUGUCCACGAGUGAAGCCGAAUACAUCGCACUCAGCUUGGCGAUUCAAGAGGGCAAGUGGAUUCAUCGUCUGCUUUGUGAGAUCGUGAUGGCUGCCAAUGAAGAAGGACCGGAACUCAUGAUCCAUGAAGACAAUCAGUCGUGUAUCAAGAUGACGAAGAACCCAUUCAACCACGGCCGUGCCAAGCACAUUGAUAUCAAGUACCAUCACAUCCGUGAUGAGGUCAAGCGCGGUGAAGUGAAGCUCAAGUACUGUGAAACUGCGGUGAUGUUAGCGGACAUCAUGACGAAGGGACUUCACGGGCCACGCCACAAGGAGAUGACGGCGACUCUCGGGAUUCGUGAGCAUUCGGAUUGA